CAGAGAGGAGGCGUGCUAUCAGUCAAGGAGGCUCCUGCAGCAACAGCAUCACUUGUGAAGAGGCAAUAACUUCACGACAUUAAAGUUGAGGCCGUGCACUUUUUCCCAUUUUUUUCCCUUUUUUUUCUUCCCUCUCCUUUCAUUAUGGCUGACCAUCUUUUACACUACAAUGACUCCGCCGGGGUUGGGAACCGAUUUGCCCGCAAAGGUGCUUUGCGGCAGAAGAAUGUACAUGAAGUGAAAAACCACAAAUUUACUGCGAGGUUUUUCAAGCAGCCGACGUUCUGCAGCCACUGUACGGACUUCAUAUGGGGGUUUGGCAAGCAAGGAUUCCAAUGUCAAGUGUGCUGUUUUGUUGUUCACAAGCGGUGCCACGAGUUUGUUAGCUUCUCCUGUCCCGGAGCUGACAAAGGUCCCGACACAGACGAUCCCAGAAGCAAGCACAAGUUCAAGAUUCACUCUUACGGCAGUCCCACCUUUUGUGACCACUGUGGAUCUCUGCUGUAUGGCCUCAUCCACCAGGGCAUGAAGUGUGAUACCUGCGACAUGAACGUGCACAAGCAGUGCGUGGUCAACGUGCCAAGCCUAUGUGGGAUGGACCACACGGAGCGCCGGGGUCGCCUCUUUCUCAAAAUUGAGGUCAGCGGCGACAGGCUACAUGUCACAGUGGGAGAAGCCAGAAACCUGAUUCCUAUGGAUCCUAAUGGUUUAUCAGACCCAUAUGUUAAACUCAAGCUCAUCCCGGACCCAAAGAACGAGACCAAACAGAAGACCAGGACCAUCCGUUCAUCCCUGAACCCCUGCUGGAACGAGUCGUUCACUUUUAAGCUAAAAGUAUCCGACAAAGACCGUCGUCUUUCCAUCGAGAUCUGGGACUGGGACCGAACCACCAGAAAUGACUUCAUGGGCUCCAUGUCGUUUGGAGUGUCCGAGCUGAUGAAAGCUCACACGUGUGGAUGGUACAAACUGCUGAACCAGGAGGAGGGCGAGUACUACAAUGUGCCCAUCCCAGAGGUGGAUGACGUCGACCUGGAGCUCCGUCAGAAGUUUGAGGCCUGCCAGUUAAAUAUCCACUAUCUCAAGAAAGCCAAGCUCGGUCACGGGAAGAAAGUCAUCACGCCGUCUGACCACCGACGCUUCAGCUUCCCUUCGGGAAACACUGAGCGUCUCCGUCUGAGCGACUUCAACUUCCUGGCCCUGCUGGGGAAAGGCAGCUUCGGCAAGGUGAUGUUGGCGGAGAUGAAAUCGACGGAGGAGCUGUACGCCAUCAAGAUCCUGAAGAAAGACGUGGUCAUCCAGGACGACGACGUGGAGUGCACCAUGGUGGAGAAGAGAGUGUUGGCCCAAAGAGACAAACCGCCGUUUCUCACGCAGCUGCACUCGUGCUUCCAGACUGUGGAUCGACUCUACUUUGUGAUGGAGUACAUUAAUGGAGGAGACCUCAUGUAUCACAUCCAGCGGAUGGGAAAGUUCAAGGAGCCGCAAGCAGUGUUUUAUGCAGCCGAGAUCGCAGUCGGCCUCUUUUUCCUGCACCGGAAGGGAAUUAUUUACAGGGACCUGAAGCUGGACAACGUGAUGCUGGACUCCGAGGGCCACAUCAAGAUUGCCGACUUCGGCAUGUGCAAGGAGAACAUGUACGAAGGCAUGAGCACGCGUACCUUCUGUGGCACGCCCGACUACAUCGCACCAGAGAUUAUAGCCUACCAGCCGUAUGGAAAGUCAGUGGACUGGUGGGCUUAUGGAGUUCUUCUCUACGAGAUGCUGGCAGGACAGCCGCCGUUUGAUGGCGAGGACGAGGACGAGCUCUUCCAGUCCAUCAUGGAGCACAACGUGUCCUACCCCAAGUCCAUGUCCAAAGAAGCGGUGUCCAUCUGCAAAGGGCUGAUGACCAAACAUCCUUCAAAGCGUCUCGGCUGCGGGCCGGAGGGCGAGAGGGACAUCAGGGAGCAGGCCUUCUUCCGACGCAUCGACUGGGAGCGCCUGGCCAACAGGGAGAUCCAACCACCGUUUAAGCCCAAAGUGUGCGGCAAGGGAGCUGAAAACUUCGACAAGUUCUUCACACGCACGCAGCCCGUCCUGACCCCGCCGGACCAGCUGGUGAUCGCCAACAUCGAUCAGAGCGAGUUCGCAGGCUUCUCCUACAUCAACCCUCAGUUCAUCCACCCAUCCCUGCACAGCGUGGUAUGAGGAGGAGCAAAGGCAGAGCUCGGACUAUCACCAUGCUGACUACAAGACCUAAUCCUCUGCGAAGUUCUGACAUCUAGGUAUUACUUCAUGUAUACUGCGUGCAGAUAUGACUGAGGAGCGCCCUCGGAGGCCACGUUGCAUAGAUCCCCACCCCCCAACAAGAAAUCCUGCAGCCCUCGUGCUUUUCAUUUUAUUUUGUUCUCUCCUGCAAAAUGUUGCAACGCACCAAAACAAGCAUCCUCAUUUCGUCUGUAUAUUUUCCCGAUUUGAAACCAAACGAAGAGGUAGUACACAGUACAGUACAUGCUGUCACAUGCGUGCCAAAGUGGAUGACUACUCCCAUUUGCAGUUUGUGCUAAUGAAUCAUCCCCAGACUGUUGUUAUUUUUGUAGACCGCACAUCAUUCCAACACAACAGUCAACAGUGUUAUCUGGUAAAGAGGCUAUUUUGUAUGCACACAGCUGCCGCAUGCUUAUUUUCUCACUCCGUAUGAGCAUUAGGAUUGAGUGCUACGUGUAAUCCUACAUCACCUAAAUGUUUGUAUUCCACAAAAAGAAGCGUUUCUCCUCCCAAUCUUGUAAAUAAGCUCAAAAGACGUUUUAUACGAAGAACUGAAUGUGCUUUUUUUGGAACAUUUCUACGUGUUUGACGACCUCCCCGACGGUGAGAUUUGGCUUUGCUAUCAGCAGCCGCUGUUGUUGCAGUUAAUGGUGUCUCUAAUAUUUAGUCCUAUAGUGUUACAGCAGCAUUCCAAAUCACAGUAAAGCAUGGAGGAUUCCUUUUUCCUGCGUGUGCAUGCGUGUCAGGCGAGGCGUGAUCGAAGCAUGAACAAGAACCUUUGCAUGAUCCAGAGUAUUCCUUCGAGGCGGAGCAUGCGGUUUAAUCUCUGUUCACUGUCUCACCCAUGUCAUGUAGCGCCAAUUCUUCUACAAGAUCGCUUCUUUGUUCAUCCGGUGCCAAAAAAAUCUCGUCCUGCUUCCAGUAGGUUCUGUUUUUAACUAUUAAGGCGUCGACUGAGCUUCAGUGACAAAUUUAAAGUCAUCUGAAUUAAACGUGAGUGUGAUAACGCAGCUGUUGCAGCUCGGACCAAAAUGAGAAUGUUUACAUGUCUCACAUUGAGAAUUUCUACGGGAGGAACGUGAGGUCAUCAAAUGUCGUCUCAAGAGGGGUAGAAAGUUCCUGGUAAAUUUGCAGAAUCUUUCCAGGGGAGCAUCAACAGAGGAAUUUGGGAAAUGUUUCAAAGUUGGAGACUUACUGCAUUUUACCUAAUUUGAUGACGUUUUAUUCUUGUUUAUUUUGGCAUCAUGGUCACAGGAAAACUAGCACAUUUCACACAUUUGAUUUGUUUUCGGGGUUUUUUUUUGCAUAUUGAUGACAUUUUAUUUUCUGCUGUUCAUAGCGUUCAGGGAAAUUGCACCCAAUCCCAGUUGACUGAUUAAUUUAUCAAUUUUAUUUGAUUUAUUUUCAGAAUUGAAUUGAAUUCAACACAGUGAAUGGGAAUGAAGUGGUUGUUUACGGGAACUACUGUAUAUUGUAUGCAAACAUCAUAUGCAUGCUAACUAAUAACAAUACCGGUUUGUUUUUUUUCCAUUGAACAACAAAAACAUGCAUGUUAAAUGAAAUAAAUGCAUAAAAUAGACUUCGCCUUCCUUUAAAGGAUGCACGAUAAUGGUUCAAAAGUCAACCAAAUUUUAAUUACUUUUUUUUUUUGCCAAUAUUACCAUAAAUUCCUAUGAAUUCCCAAUGUUAAGUUUCCAACUUUGAAAACGCCAGAGUUUUGCAUCCCUCGUAGAGUCGUCGAGUCAGUCAGUCAGUCAGUGUGUGAAGCCACAAAGCGGUUGCAGUCAGACCCACGGGGAUGUUUCUUUCUCUCUAUGUUUCCUCUCACUGCUUCCCCAGCUUUGGUUCACCUGACUCUUCUUCUUCUUCUUCUUGUUCCUCUGUUCCUUGUGUUCUAUGGCUGAUACUGUGUAUGAAUAAAAUAGGAAAAAUAUGCACCUAUUUGUCAGCGUGGGACUGAUUUAUUAUUGCAUGAAAAUGAUAAUAUUGUUAUUAUAGUGUAUAUUGAAUGAAACACACUGAGCUGAGGGGUAACUUCAGAGGGAAGUUGAUACAUAAAGUGUACUAUUUACAGUGUUCCCUCGCUCUAUCGCGCUUCACCAAUCGCUGUUACAGGCCGGGCCUGGCCCUUUAAGAAGAAUUGUAUUGUGGGAAGAUGAGUGUCUGGUUUUCUGAUGGUUUUCUGCGUCCUGAUUGGCUGUAGACCAUUGUCGAUCAAUCUCCGUGUCUCCCGCGUCAUCGCGAGCUUGCAAAUGAAUCUUCGGUUCGUCUGCAGCAAUACUGUAUGUUUUAACAAGGAUACCCAAAACGCUAGGGUACAGCGGAACGGCGCCAGGACGAAAAGGCACACUCACAGGAGCGAAAUAUGAGUGAGUGACUUAAUAAUUUUUGUGUUGAUUAUUAAAAUGUGUUUGGGAGAGAAACGUGAGAAAAUGUUAUUGUCUGUCGGAGAAAAGUGUAUGGCAGGUUUUACCGCCUUAAAACAUAUAAUAAUUGUAAAAAAAAAAAAAAUGAAGUGGGCUACUUCACGGAUUUCACGUAUUGAGGGCUAUUUUGGGAACCUAUGCCCCGCAAUAAACGAGGGAACACUCUUACUGAAGUUCAAGUCGUACAUGACAAAGUUGAUAUGAAUAUAUAGUAUGUUUUUAUAAUUAAAAACAUACUUUUUUAUCACAAAAAAAACUUUUAUUUUGCCGUAGUUUAAAAAGCAAUCUGGGAAUAACGAGGGAAAGGCUUCUUGAGACGUCAUCUGUACUUCUGUGAAGAAGCUGUUGGACGUUUCGCUCCUCAUCCGAAAAUGAUGCUCUCCAACAUAGAGCGGAACAAAUACCAACUAGUGCUGAGGGAAGGAAAAAGGAGACACAACAUGUCCAGAGAGCGCUCUCAACCUGUGGGUACCCGCGGUGGGCUUUUAACAAAUGUCAAAAGAAGAGAGUAGGGAAAGAAACCCAAAAACCCACAGAAGCAAAAAGGAGAGGAGUGGUAGUCCCUUAUGUAGCUGGGGUCUCCGAAAAACUCCAGAGGAUCUUAUGGCAACACAAAAUUCCAACCUAUUUUAAACCAGUAAAUACCCUGAGACAAAAAUGAGUGCAUCCUAAAGACAAGGCUCCAAACCAGAAACAGAGCAAUGUGGUCUAUUCCAUCCACUGUAAAGAUGAGGAAUGCAAAGAGCACUACAUUGGGGAAACUAAGCAAAUGCUCCAAAAAAGGCUUUAUCAACAUCGCAGGGACAAUGCUAGUGGUCCUCAAUCAGCAGUACAUCUACACCUUAAAGCUACCAAUCACUCUUUUCAGGACAGCGAGGUAAAGAUUUUGGCCAAAGAAAACAGAUGGUUUGAAAGAGGAGUAAAGGAAGCUAUUUUUGUCAAACAACAGAACCCAUCAUUGAAUCGGAAUGGUGGUUUGAGGUUUAAUUUGGACCCUGUGUUCAGCAGGUUACUGAGACCAAAACCCACAGCUCUUAGUCUUGCAAAUGAGGUGGAGUCAUACCCAACUACAGGGAGCUACACUUCCCUUUUAUCGGAGGUGCUAAUGUAAGGAGAAGAUUAGACCACAACUCCGCCCAGGCUUAGUGUAAGGAACCAAUAGGAGGAGGGUGUUGGCACACCAAUUCCGCCCACUCUUACUGUAUUUAAGGCCUAGGCUACCAGCACUUGUUAGUCCGCUGACGAAGCUCUUCGGAUGAGGAGCGAAACGUCCGACACCUUCUUCACAG